AUGGAUUCCGAGUAUGGUGAUCUGUCCGUCGAACAGAAGCCCAUCAAGGAUCACAGUCAUUCACACCACCAUCAUGAUCACGGCCACGGUCAUGGAAAUGGACACGUUGAGGUAGAGUAUCUGAAUCUCCCGGGUAACAACUUCUACGAAGAUCUGGAUGCCGAGCUCAAUGGACCUCUUUAUGCUGGCAUUCAAACCUUUGCUCAUCUGGGACAUGUUUCGUGCUUUGAUCCCACCAACUUUGCAUCCGAGCAAUUCGAUAUCGCUCUAGUUGGGGCUCCUUUUGACACAGCGGUCACUUUCAGGUCGGGUGCUAGAUUCGGACCGGCUGGAAUCCGAAAGGGAUCCAGAAGAAUGUCUCCAGGACAGGUCAGUCCAUACAGAGAGGGAUUCAUGCUCUACGACGAUUGGGCCAAGUUCGUUGACUGUGGUGAUGUUGCCAUGCAUCCCCUUGACAAUAGAUACGCGCUUAACCAGCUCUAUCGAGGAAUGAGAGCUAUUCACAACCACACGACCUCCACUCUCAAUGCCACGCAUAUUCCCAGAGCCAUUCUUAUGGGUGGCGAUCACACUACCACGUUGUCAGCCUUGCAGGCUAUCUACGAGAAGAUUGGACCUGUUUCUGUCAUUCAUUUUGACUCCCACAUCGACACCUGGGACCCCAUGGUUCUGGGAGGCAAUGUCUCUUCAUACAUGCAGGUCAACCAUGGCACCUUUUUGCAUUACGCUGCUGAACGAGGCUACCUCAACCACGGACACAACCUACACGUUGGAUCUCGUGCUCCCUACGUGCGAAAACACGGAGAUAUUGAGCAUGAUAAGCACUGCGGCUUUGCUAUUGUGAACGCUCGAGAAAUCGACGAAGUCGGUAUCGCUGGAGUUGUUCAGAAGAUCAAGGACCGGGUCGGAAACACCAACGUCUAUAUUUCGGUUGACAUUGAUGUUCUCGAUCCCGUCUACGCACCUGGAACUGGUACUGCUGAACCCGGAGGAUACACUACUCGAGAAUUUAUGCAGAUUCUCGAUGGCCUUGAGGGAAUCAACAUUGUUGGAGCUGACGUUGUGGAAGUGGCUCCUGCUUACGAUGGUCCUGGUGACGUUACCUUGCUGGCAGCAGCACAAGUGAUUGACAGUCUGGCAUCUCUGAUGGUCAUGAAUGGACCCCUUUCUACUAGACAAAGCACAAAGUAA